AUGGAACUACAUACGAUGUAUGAUCAGAUCAUAUCAGCCACGAGGAAAGUUGAUGCACUUGGAUUCGGCAAUAGGCUGGUGUGCCUAGAUGCACAUCCAACAGAGACAUGGAUCUUAACAUGCAAGUUUUUUGGAGAUGUUCACAUGUGGGAUCUUGUCUCUCAGGAAAAGAAGGCCCUCUAUUCUUUUCAUGUCUACCAGAAUGGAACAAGAGGGCUAUCAGCGACAGUUAGAUUCCUUAAAUUUAUCGCACGGAAGCAAUGGUUUCUGGCUGGUGCAGACGAUGGCUUCAUCCAUGUGUGCACCUACGGAACAGAGAUAGUACAACAGAUCACGAGUUUCAGAGCUGGUUCUUCCAGUGUCACAGCAAUGACCAUCCAUCCAACCCAGCCAUAUGUGCUGUCCUCAGCUUAUGAAAGCCCGAUUAGGCUUUGGAACUGGGAAGAGGGCUGGCAGUGCACACGAACUUUCGACGAUGAACACUCUGGAACUGUCCGACAGAUCACCUUCAACCCAAAGGAUGCCAACUGUUUUGCUAGCGCGUCCGAAGAUCAGACAGUAAAGGUUUGGAACCUUGACUCCCCAAAAUCUAGCUACACUCUGUUUGGGCAUUUGGCUCAAGUGAACUGCCUUGAUUUCUUCGCACAUGCUGAUCAACAGUAUCUGAUUUCUGGCUCAGAUGACUUGACCGCCAGGAUAUGGGACCUAGAGAACAGGGUGUGUGUCUAUACAAUAAGAGCUCUCAUGGCUCCGGUUCUUUCAGUUCUAUGUCUUCUUCCUGAUCAUCCAUAUCUAACUAUAGGCUUAAAAGAUGGCACUCUUCAUUUGUUCAGCUCCGCUAAUUUUAGGCUUGUGAGGAUCAUUGACUUAGGCUGUAGCAAAGUUCGCAGUGUCAAUCUGAUGGGAUCAGUAAGGGUUGUGAUUGAACAAGAGGGGGCAGUGUCAAUCAUGGAUAUAGACCCUGAACAACAAGGUGGGAUUAUCAGUGAAGUGGGGGCUAACAUGGUUGAUGCAGUGAGAUUGGAUGUUGCUUCGGAAGCACAACUAGACAUCUUCCAAGAACACAAAGAGGAUUUGUCAGGUGCAGUGUCAGGGACAGGAAAUACGAAUUCCACACAGGCGUCCGAGGAACGCGAUGGGAUAUAACAAUAGAUUAGUGCUUACAGAAUUUCGCCCACAGAGAAAAGAAAUUAGAAAGUGAUUACACCAGCAUGAGUAACAGAAUGAAAGCUAAAUCUAUUUGUGCGAAAACAGAUGGACGAAGAGCAGAAAAUAAAAACUGUGGGUGGAUGUUGGAGAAUCCUCUCCACUGAUUUUUUGUUGUUGUGAAACUGAUAGUCUCUGCACUGAUAUAUACAUUGCAUAUAUUGCUUGGUAAAAUUUUGGACAGAUGGAGAACUUGUGUGCUUUUCAUCAAUUUCUUACAAGAAUAAGAAAUUACAGGCAAGACACUGAAACCGCAGUUUGUCUAGUGGACACGUGCUUAUGCCAACUCAAGCUCUAUCUAUGUUGUGAAAUUUGGUUGGCAA